AUGCAAACAGUUAAUGCCGUGUUCAAAGAGCCAGUGCAGCUAAUUCUGGAGAAAGUCAAGGACGAACCUUUCUUCAGAUGGCCAGGUAAAAUGGCUGGCGACCCUUCGAAAUGCAACCAGAGCCUGUAUUGUCAUUAUCAUCAAGACCACGGGCAUAUCACUGAAGACUGCAGGAAUCUAUGGAACCACUUAGACCAGCUGGUCCGAGAAGGAAAAUUGCAUCAUCUUUUACACCCAUCUAACAGUCAUGCGGGCCAGGCAACGCAGGAGCCUCGGAAAGAUUUAUCUUUAAGACCUCCCACAGGGAUGAUACACGUCAUCCUUGCCGCCCCAGGAAGAACUGACUCGUUUCCUUUUAGGGUACUAUCCGUGGCUCGGCUCCCCGCCGAGGACAAGGAAAAAGAGUUUAAAAGAUUUAAAAAGGGAAGCUCUUUGAUUCUGGGAUUCUCGGAUAAGGAUAAGAAGGGAACUAUUCAACCCCACAACGAUGCUCUAGUGGUUACGCUUAGAAUUGGAGUUUUGAUGUGA